ACUCUAUUGGCUGGUGCCGCUGUCGGUUGGCCGCAGUGGGCGGGGUGUGUAGUGGCUGCCAUGGCAGCGGUGGGCGGGUUGUAGAGGAGACUGGCAUCGGGGUGGAUUGGAAUUGGCCGAUGUGUGCGAUCCGGUUGAUGAGUGGGGGAAGGAGUAUCAGCCCAGCCGUCAGUCUGCAGGGGGAACCGGUCUGACUCGGGGCAACGGAACGAAAUUCGUUAUUUCCGGUUAAGCUCAGUCCUCAGACCCGGCCGCCGCCGCCUCUCAGAACAUGGAGGACACCAUUUACAUCCCCGCUGACCUGACUCCAGAAGAACGCAUUGAGCUGGAGAACAUCCGCCGCAGGAAACAGGAACUGCUGGAAGAGAUCCAGAGACUACGUGAUGAGCUGAGCGAGGCCAUGAACGAGGUGGAAGGCCUCGAGGCCAAUGAAGGAAGUAAAACUCUGCAACGAAAUCGCAAAAUAGGAAUGGGUAGAAAGAAGUUUAAUAUGGAUCCAAAAAAGGGGAUCCUUUACCUUCAGGAGAAUGAGUUGCUCAGGAACACAGCGGAGGAAAUAGCACGUUUUCUGUACAAGGGGGAAGGGCUGAAUAAGACUGCUAUUGGGGACUACCUAGGAGAGAGGGAGGAUUUCAACAUCGCUGUCCUUCAUGCCUUCGUGGACCUUCACGAGUUCACAGACCUGAAUCUGGUUCAGGCUCUCAGACAGUUUCUCUGGAGUUUCCGCUUGCCUGGAGAGGCCCAGAAAAUCGACCGCAUGAUGGAGGCAUUUGCUCAGAGAUAUUGCAUGUGCAAUCCUGGUGUCUUUCAGUCCACAGAUACUUGCUACGUCUUGUCCUUUGCGGUUAUUAUGUUGAACACUAGUCUACACAAUCCUAAUGUCCGCGACAAGCCCAGUGUUGAAAGAUUCUUCUCUAUGAACAGGGGGAUUAAUGAGGGAGGAGAUCUUCCGGAAGAGCUACUUCGGAACCUGUAUGAUAGUAUCAGGAAUGAACCAUUUAAGAUCCCAGAGGAUGAUGGGAAUGACCUCACACACACCUUCUUUAACCCAGAUCGAGAAGGCUGGCUCCUCAAACUGGGUGGUCGGGUGAAAACAUGGAAGAGGCGCUGGUUCAUUUUGACUGACAACUGUUUGUAUUAUUUUGAAUAUACCACGGAUAAAGAACCAAGAGGUAUCAUCCCACUGGAGAACCUGAGUAUUAGAGAAGUAGAAGAUCCCCGAAAGCCGAACUGCUUUGAGCUCUAUAUUCCAAAUAACAAAGGCCAGCUGAUCAAAGCUUGCAAAACGGAGGCUGAUGGAAGAGUGGUGGAAGGCAACCAUAAUGUCUACAGAAUUUCUGCCCCAACCCCAGAAGAGAAAGAAGAAUGGAUCAAGUCUAUAAAAGCGGCAGUGAGUGUGGACCCCUUCUAUGAAAUGCUAGCUGCUCGGAAAAAACGGAUCUCUAUCAAGAAAAAGCAACAGAUGCAGCAGCAGCAGCAGGAACAGUCUUAAAGGGACCCACUUAACAUUCGAGCGUUGAGCUUCUGGCUUAAAACCACUUCUAAGCACUCCCUUUGCAAUUGAGGAUGGCAAAGUCUGCAGCUUUCACAGCUUGCGUACUAAGAAAACGAGGAUGAUUGUUUCCAUCAGAGGCCUAAUUGCUUGAAAGUGCAUGGCUGGAACUGAUCUGGCCUCCUACAUUUCAAGUUUGCUUCCUACAGAGGAUCUAGGUAUUUGUUCAGCGUCCGAGGCCACAUUGAGAGAAUUGUUAUUGGAUUGCUGACUUUUUUUUUUUUUUUUUUUUUUUUUUGUGUGGUGAAAAAAAACUGCAUGAAAAAGCAAUAUGACCCAGAACAUUUUCAUUACCAUGGCACAAGACUAGCCCAAAACUGGCCCAGUAAGCAACAUUCCAUUCUGCGCAAGAAUAUAAUGAUUUCUCUCUUGCGACUUCCACUAUUGACCUUAUUUAUUGGUGCUGGGUAGUCCUGGAAGAUUAAUGUGCGACUGCCCCACUCACCAUGUGUUGCAUUUGGAGUGCUAGGCUGACUGUUCAUCCACUGAUGAUCAUGACGUUAGGGUUUUCAUUGCAAAAAGGAUGUUCUGGAUCAGCAUACAGGUCUCAGGCGCAUCGUUCUGCUAAUUGUAUAUCAACUUGUUUACAGCCAUAUGAGAGAGCCAGAACACAUUCAGUUCUUAAUUUAUUACUUACAUGUAACCAAAAUAUACAAAAUGUAUCAUUUAAGUAAGAUGCUAAGCCUACAGAACUGCUUACUGACACACAGGCAACGAUCAGCAGUCCAGCAAUGUCUAAUGCCAUCCACCUCUCAGCAUGUUCUGUCAGUUUACUCGGAACAUAGUAUGAGUUAUGACACAGCCUGUUAAUUCAGAAACCUUUUUUGCCCAAUCAUAGGAAGAAAAGCACUAAUUGCAAACUAAAAUAGCAGUUCGUGCUGUUUUCGGAUAACAUUGUAUAUUUUGUUAAAUGUCCGCUGUCUACUAAUUUGUUUCCUUGUAGAAAAUGUUAUUUACCACAAUGUUUUCACUCGCCUAUUGCAGGCAAAGUGCAUAUUUCCCCAAAUCAUUUCAGCUCUUGUCUACAAAACUUCUCUCCUAUCUUGAAAUUAAGUGCAAAUUCCAAAAUGUGGCAGCGAUGCAUCAAGUAGCAUAACGUUUUGCUACAGACUACAGAAAAUUGAAGGCAAUCAUGCCUAUUAGAAUAUAUUAUUCUUGUAAUAUACUUAUGUAGGUGAAGAGCCAGAUUACAGCAGUCCGACACAAACUACUGACAUAGGGGUAAAUUCUAAUCGACAAAGUUUGGUCUUGUUUUAAAUACCAUAUUUUUGGCAUUGAAUUCGCUGUUCCUUGCUCCACUCUGUAUAUAAAGUGUCAUGAUGGUGUCAUCAUCUUGUGACUGUAGAGCACAAAAAUAAUUGCUUAGUGCUUUGAUGUCCCUCUGUACACUUGCAAUAAUGACCUUCCAGUUUAGAAAUGGAAAAGUAAUGAUAUGCUUAAAAUUAGAUAUUUAGCACAAGACAAACUCUUGAAGAAGCACAAGACAAACGUCUUGAAGAAGCAGAUUUUUUUGCUUGUAGGAGCCUCCAGGUUAGGACGACCUCAGACCUGGGGCCACGGUGUUCAUGGGGCAAUAAAACACUACAGUUUGUUAAAGAAGGUUACACGUGAUAAUCAAACACUGAUGAUGCACGCAUUUAUUUUGAUAAUGCGACAAUCGAGAGGAAUUUAAAGCACAUCUUUUUUUGGAUAUGUAAGCUAAGGGGCAUUAACUUUAAAUCAUGUCUCGGUUUUGUAAUGUGAUACGUUUGGCAGGUUUUUGUAUAUUGGUGUGCCAAAGUGAGGGGAUGCCACUCAUUCCUCUCUGCACUGUGCCUGUCUGUUACCUUCUCUCAGAAACAAGUACUGUGAAAAUAAUUCAGGAUUGGAUACCUCCUCUUCCUUGUAAGGGGUAAGAUAUGCUGGUAUUGGAUCGGAUUUUUGUUUGUAAUUUUUUUUUCUAUUUAAUAUUAUAUUGUACACAAAACUUGAGUUAAUAAAAACGGUCAAACUAU